AUUUUCUUUAAAUUUCAAGCUACCUAGUUAGAAAAAAAAAAUAAAUUAUGUUUAUAUAUUUAAAUGAUUUUAAUAAAGCAUUAAAGCUAAAAAAAAUAUAAUUAUUAUCAUGGAUAUUAAAUGGCUUAAAAGGUACCGUAUAUUUUGCAUUGGAGGCUCAAUUAUUCUAUGCGUUCAAAUCAUAUUAGCAUUUGUAUUCUUUUCCAUUCAAGAAUAUUCCUUUAGCGAAGAAUUAUUACCGAAUGUAAGCAAAUAAAGUUAUUAUAGUGUAAUGUAUAUAUUUUAUAUGUACAUUUAUUUGAUAGUAAUAUAUAGGUACUUAGUGUAGAUAAUGUAAGGGUAUAUAAUACUGUCUUUAUUUGUUAGUCAUUAAAUCGAUUAAAAAAUGUAGCUGAUUACGGUAUUGGUGAUGAUGAUGAAUCAAGCUAUAAUAAUGUUCCCAGUGGGAGCAAUCAUCGCAACAAAUUACCACCGGAUAAAGAUAAUAGUGCAUCAUCAAAUGAAUAUUAUAAUAAAGUGCUUCAACAGCGGCAAAACUACAAGACUGAUUAUUUGCGAGUAUUAAGAGUAGAUGAAUUAGGAUUUAUGCCACCUUGUGAUAUAGGUGGGCGUGAAUCUGUAUCAGCAUUACAUCGAGCUAAAACCCAAAUUUGUAAACAAAUUAUAGCAAACAUAUCAUGUCUAAUUAAGAUGAACCCACCAUAUCCUAAAAGACUGCUCCAUCAAUGUCCAACCAAUAGUAAUAUAAUGUUAUGCUGUUGAAACCUAUAAAUUAUUUAACUAAGUUUGUUUCGUUUUUUAUUAGAUGUAAAAAAUAAUAAAACACUGGGAUGUUUUCGUGAUGGUAAAGAAAUUAAAUUAUUACCUGGUUAUAAAACUACUCUUAUACACUCAAAUUCACAAGAAAAUUGUUUGGAUCUAUGUCUUCAGUCCGGCUUUGUUUAUGCUGGAGUUGAAUACGGGUAAUUUAUUAUAUUAAUGUAAAAUGUAAUAUAGUUAGGAUUGGCAAUAUCUUUGUUACAAGUACCUUAAAUUUGUAUAUUAGAUAAAAUUGUAUUUUGUAUCGUGAUAUGGUUCUUGAAAGUAUUGAAUAUCUUGUAUUGUGACACUGAAAUCAAUGUAUUGGAGUAUUUAGAUACUCAUUACAAAGUAUCUUAUCCAACUCUUAAAUAUAAUAUUACUAAAAGUAUAUAGGUAUUUACAAAAAAAUAAAUAUUGUUGUAUUGUAGAACUGAAUGUUUUUGUGGCAAUGAAACUCCUGAAUGGAGUUCAAAACUUCCAGAUACAUUUUGUGAUAUGCAAUGUCCAGGAAAUCAAAGUCAGAUAUGUGGUGGACAUUAUACUAUAAAUGUUUUCAAGACUGGUGUUUCUAGUGGGUUAUUUAUUUAUUUAUUUUUUCUGGUUAAUUAAUUUUUAACUUUUUAGAAUUUAUUGCCAGAGUUGCUUCGGAACCUUCACCAAAUUUAAAACACGAUAAUCCUGUACGAAUAGUAUUUCUUUUAACUUUAAAUGGAAGAGCUGUCAGACAAGUUUAUAGAUUAAUCAAAGCACUUUUUCAUCGCGAUCAUUAUUUUUUUAUCCAUGUAGACGCAGUAAGACAUAUUUAAUUUAAUUAAUUAAUUAAUUAAUUUAUGCUUAUUAAAGUAUUCUUAUAUUUCACUUUAUUUUAUUCAAAUUUCAGAGACAUGAUUAUAUGUUUAGAGAAUUAUUGAAAAUUGAACUAGCAUUAAGCAACAUUCGACUAUCAAGACGAAGACAUUCAACUAUCUGGGGAGGUGCGUCAUUAUUAACCACCUUAAUGGAUGCUAUGUCAGAUCUAGUACAGUCGUCUUGGGAUUGGGAUUUUGUUAUUAAUCUUAGUGAGUCUGAUUUUCCUAUAAAGUAAGUAUUAGUAUUUUAUUUGAAACAAUUCAAUUCAUGUUAUUGGCUAUUUAAGAUGAACAUCUAAUUUUUUAUCCUAAAUUUAUAUUUUAACAAUAAUUGAUUUAAAAAACCAUGCUAGAUCAAAUGAUGCAUUAGUAAAAUUUUUAACUACAAACCGUGAAUGCAAUUUUGUCAAAUCACAUGGUCGCGAAGUACAACAAUUUAUUCAAAAACAAGGAUUAGAUAAGACAUUUGUUGAAUGUGAAGCAAGAAUGUGGCGUGUAGGAGAAAAAGAAUUACCAAAAGGCAUUAUUUGGGAUGGUGGAAGUGAUUGGUUAGCUUUAUCGAGGCCUUUUGUCAAUUAUUUAGUAACUGGAGAUAAUUUAAUUUCUGGUUUAUCACAAUUUUUCAAGUAUACUUUACUACCAGCUGAGGUAAAUUUAUUUAAUAUUAAAUUAAUUGUUAUUUUUCAUAAGGAUAUAAUGUAUUUAUAUAUUUUUAGUCUUUUUUUCAUACUGUGUUAAGAAAUUCACCUUUCUGUGAAACCUAUAUUGAUAAUAAUUUACACGUUACUAAUUGGAAAAGAUGGCUUGGUUGUAAAUGUCAAUAUCGUCAUGUUGUUGAUUGGUGUGGAUGUAGUCCAAAUGUCUUUCGAUUCGAUGACUGGAAUCGUAUUAAGGUGAUAUUUAAAUUUAUAUUAAAUAGGCCCUGGUUAGGAUAUAAAAACUGAAGUGUUGGGCAUUUAUCUUCCUUCACCAUAUUGAAGAAAACAUUUAUUUUAUGAAUAUUUUUAAUUUUGAAUAAUAUAUAUUUAAAUUUUUAAUGUUUUUCUACAGAACACUGAAAAGAAACAAGUAUACUUUGCUCGUAAAUUUGAACCUAUUAUCAAUUUAUCUAUUAUAGAUACACUUGAAGUUUGGUUGUAUGGAGAGUAUCCUGCAGGUAAUACAAAUAUUUUCAAAUAUACUAGAAUAUUUAAACUCUAUGUAUCAUUAUAAUUAUUACAGAAUAUAUAGAUUUAUUUAUUUUUUAAUUUAAAUUUUUAAACAUUUCACUUCUCAAUAUUUAAAAAAUAUUAACUUUUAAGUUUAAUAUUUUUAAAUUAUUUAUAAAAUGAAAUGGGAAAACAUUUUUUUUUAAAUACAAUAUCAUAUAAAUUCUUUAAUUUUCUUAAUCAUACCAAAUUGCCAAAAUAUUCUAAAUCGGUACUAUUAAACUUAAUAUUUUUAUUAUUAAUGUUAUUAAACAAAUUUGUAUUUUACUUUGCAUGUUUUAUUAUACUUGAUUUGUUCAGUAAUAAUUAUGUCAAAUACAUUUUUUUGUACCUUUAUAUUUUACAUUAAUUUCACAUCAAGAAUUAUUUUUAAUGUUUGAGAAUAUCAAGCUUUAAUACAAGCAAGUUUUAUUCAAAUAAUAUUUUAAUAGGUUGAAUGUCUGUUCUAUAUUUCAUCAUAAUUGAAAAUUUAACAUUUAAUAAUUUAGAUCUUAAAAACCGUAUGAGUUAUUGGCAAAAUGUAUAUCAUUAUGAUGAUGUACAUCUACUAGCUGAUGAAUCACUUCUUACAAUUGGAACUAGUCUUGCGCGAGUUGCAACAAAACACCUAACUACUUCACAUACAACCUGUCAAAUUCGUAGUCUUGACAAGUUACUACAGGUGUUUACUUAUCAUCACAAAGAUCAAUUUAAAGUAAUUUUGGUUGAAUAAUAACAUUUAAAAAUUUAAAUAAAUAUUAUAUACAAAUGUUCUUGUCAGGGAUUUUUAAUUCAGUAUGAAGUUAGUUUCUCUAAUAGUUCUACUAAGUUACAGCUUGAAAGUUGGUGUUGGCCAAAAUUACAAGGAAUAAUUAUGUAUAAUAAAGAUCCAAUCAACAGAUUAUUGGUGAUUAAAAUCAAUUUUAGUAUAUAAUUUUAAUAGUAAAAUAUAUUAUAAAAUCGGGACUUUUUUUUUUUUUAUUUCAGAAUUUUAUUGUUAGUUCAGAUUUUGAUCAAAAAGAACAAAUGUCUAGAGAUUUUAUUCGUCUUAUAAGCCCUUAUACGGAACCAGUAUUAAUACAUCAGUGGGCUUCGGGUGAACAGAUAUUUACAGUUACAUUUUUAUGGUUAAAUCCGUAUGGUGAACUUGCCAAUAUCACUUCUGUGACUAUAGAAGGAUCAUCUUUGGUUAGUAUUUUUAUUAAUUUUUUUUAGGUAACUAGUUUUACAUAUUUUAAAACUAUAACAUUGUAGAUUACAUUUGGUAAGCCAGUUUUACCAAUGCCAUUGGUUCAAGGAAUAUGGACAGUAUUGUUAGUUUAUGAAAAUGUGACUAUGGCUUACACUCAAUUUCUAGUUAUUCCUUCUCAGAUUACUAAAGAUACAUACAUAUCUGCUAGUCAAAAAAGGUAAAAUUUUAUUACAGCAUUAAAUCACUGUAAAUGUAAUUUAUUAAAAAUAAAGAUAUGGUUUCAGCUUUAUAAAUAAAGGUCAGAAUUCUGAAAAAUUGAUUCAAGAAUGGGCAAGUGUAAUAAUUGCUUUUAAAAAUUCCAUAAAAUUGGAAACAAAAAUUAAACCAAACAAUCGAUUUAAAACUAAAAUUACUGGUUGGAUUGAUAGUUUAAUUAUAAGGUAUAUUUAUUUAAUUCAGCUAGACUGGUAUUAAAGAGUAAUAGUUUUCUAGUAAACUUUUUCAAAUAAAUGUAUGUAUUGUAUUAUGAUUAUAAUAAAUUUAUUAUUUACUCGCAGUGCUUAUAAUAUUAAAGAAACUUGCAUUGUGGUUCCAUGUAAAUCUGUUAUGGAUUGUGAACUCACCAGAUUAGUUAAAUGCGCAGAAACAUCAUGGAGUUCCUAUUCACCAGAUCCAAAAUCUGACAUAAUAUCCAUCAACAAGGAAUCAGGAACUCUAAACAGGUACAAAUGAAUAUAAUAUUUAAAGUUAUUAUUUUUAAAAGUAGAUUCAUAAAAAUAGCUAUUAGCUAUGUUUAUUUUAAAAUAUGUAAAUAUAUUUUUACCCAUAUUAUUAUUUACCUAGGUUAAUUAUAUGUUAUGUUAAAUUUUGAGUAUAACCACCAAUAAAUUAUAAUAUAAUUUAGAUUAUGGCUCAACAAAAGAUAUUAGUUUUACAAAGUUAUGAUUUUUCUCUCAGAAAAUACUUUUUCGGUUAGUAAAAAUGUUCAAAUAUUUUCAUGCCAUACCCAAAAACACUUUAAGUUUUCUUUACUAAUGGUACUUAAUGUAAAUUACCAAAAUUGUAAACACAAAACAUAGUGUAUAAAUAUUAAAUAAUACUUUAUAUGAAAACAUUUUCAAAGUUUCUAAUAUUUUUCUCAACAAAUUAUAAUGAGCUUUUUUUUCAUGCAUUAUUUUUAAAUAUCAGAAUUUAAAGCCAGUAAUAAUUUUUUUGAAUCAUUUUAAUUUGCAACAGUUCAUUUCAUAAGUCCUUUUUAUUUGUUGAUUUCUUUGACAACAAAAGAAAAACAACUAAUACUAUACUCUAUUCAACUUAAGUACACCAGACGCUAGAUGAAAACAGAUCCGUUUUUGUGCAUGCGUUCCCAACUGAUUAUUAGUAUUAUUUUAUCAACUCACUCGCCUAUCAAUUGGUCCUGUCACUUCUACCACCUGUUGAUUAUCUUGCCGCUGAUAAAAAUGAUAUACGACAUAAUAUGUAGUGAGCAAAAUAUAGGUAUUUUGUUAUAACCGUCUGACCACGUAUACAUAUUUUCUCGCACAACCAUUCUGUGUUUAUUUAAAUAAUAGUUACAAUUUACAUUUUAAGUAACAUAAUUUUGCCAUAUUUCCCAUUAGUUUGACUAAAAUAGUAUAUGCCUGUAUAUUAUGAUGAUUUAUGACAGUCGCAAAUAGCUAGAAUAUUUUUCAAAUUUGACCAUGUCUAUAAAGGGCUAAUAUAAGUAUUUGGUUGAGAUUGCAGUAAUCUUAACUAUUUUAAAGUAAAUUACAACAAACAGAAAAAUUUAAAAAAAAAAAAAAAAAAAAAAAAAAAACAAUAUUCACAUUUUUCUUUUCUUUUCUUAAUUUUUCUCAAUUAUUAAGAAAACUGUUGAGAAAAUUAAAAGAUGACCUUCAAAAUACACAAACUAGACAGAAUUUUCUUUUUGAAUAGUUGAUACCACUUAAAGAUAAGAGCGAGGUUCUGGUUCUGGUAGAAAAUGGUUUAUAGUUAUGGAAACUUAAAACUAAAGAAAAUUAAUUCCUUUUCAGACAUAAAAAUAAAAAUAAAUCAUAGUAAACCAAUACCACUACAACACUUGGAUUAUAAAAUUUAAAAAAAUCAGUAUAAUUUCAUCAUUUGUAUUUUUAUUUUCAGAUUUUAAUUAUUAGACUGACAUAGUGCCAUAUCAUUCAUAACUAAUUAAACUACUUUUACAUAAAAUAUAUUUCUACUUAAAAUUGAUGUACUAUUGUACUUUAUAUUAUCUUUUAAAUAUUAUUAGUCCAUCUGUAAUUUAUUUGAAAUUUGCCAUUCAUUGAAUCACUCAAAUUUUAAUUUAUCAAAAUUAAAUGAGUUUUAUAAUAAAUUACCUAGAUCUUCUUGAUAAUAUGUGUACUAGUUUAACUUUGGACGUUAUUACCAUUAAUUCAAAUAAGAAUGUAUAAUUUAAAUCAAUUUACUCUUGCUUUCAAAAAUAGAUUUAAUUAUUUUACAAUUGUUAUAAUAAUUUUUACAUAUUAUAUGUGUUACCAUUUUAUAAAAUGUCAAAUUUUUGUCUGACAAAUGAGAAACAUUGCAAUUUCUAUUUGUAAUUUUGUUAUUCUUUUUAUUUUACCUAUUAAUUAAUUCUUCAGAUGUUUUAAACCAGUAAAAUAAUAAGAUUAAAAAAUUAAAUUAAGUUUUUAAUUAUAUAACUGACAUAUUUGUUAUGUUUCAACGAUGAUUUUUUAUUCAUAAAUUACAUUUUUGUUGUUAAAUUCUUAAGUUAAAUUAUAUUAUAUUUUAUAAAUAAUAUUGUGUAUUAUGAUGUAUUUUUUUAUAAUCUGGUUUAUAUAAUAUCAACAACAUGAUACAGGACAACAUAUUUAGAUUUUUGAAAUAUUCUCUUUAUCUACUCAUAUUUUUUUAUUCUUUACCUAAAUUAAAGGUUAUAUAUAUAUUUUAAAUAAUUUAUAAGUUUAGACUUUAAUUUUCCCAAAUUACAUAUUUAAUAAAACAGUUUUUUUUUUUUUUUUUUUGUCACAUUAAUAUUAAUUAAUACAAUUUACUUAUUUGAAAAUUUUUUCUUUGAAUAUUAUUAAAAAAUGAUCGAUACAUUUUUUUCAACAUGUUUAUUCUUUAUUCAAUUUCAAAUAAAUUGUAUAUUUUUUUAAGGGAGUAAUUUUGCUAAAUAUUGUUUCUUAAUUUCAUCUCAUUUUUAAUAAACCCAAUAAAAGAGAGGUAAGCCCAAAAAAGUACUUAAAAACUUUUAUUUCUGACCUUAUUAACCCUGAUAUUUUGUUCUAUUCUAUACAUGUUAGUUAUUAUAUUUUCAUUGUAUAGUAUAUACUUAAAGUAUUCUUCUUUAAAUAAAACAUUAUUUAUAUAGUCGUAUAUUCAUAUAGUCAUAAUAGUUAUCAAACUACACCUUCUAUUAAUUAAACUAGUAAAAUGAUUAUCAAGAAUUUGUUUGAUCUCAAUUUAUAUAAUUUUUGAAAUCACUUUUAUGUAUAAUAUAUUUAUUUUUGUACAACUAAUAAUUAUAUAAUGUUUAAUAUAUUUAAUUAUUAAUAUUAUAAAUGUUAAAAUGAUUGUAUAAAUUUGACAUAAACACCACAAAUUGUUCUUAAUUUCUAAUUUUUAAGGGGGAUUAAAAUAUUAAAAUAUAGUAUUUCAAUAAAAAUAAAUUAGUAAAAAUUACAAAUAAUGACUUGUUUCUAACUUACUAAACACAUAUCAUAAUUAUAAAAUUAUAAUUUGCAACUUAAUUUUGAAAAAAGUACAUUUUUGGGUAUACAUUAAAAAAAAUAUUUGGAACCAUUGGAUACAGUGCCACCAUAACUAGGUAUUUGAUUGGAAUGCGAGCCAAUUUUCUACUAUAAAAAAUGUAUGUUUACUAUUCAGUAAUAAUUAAGUAUAUUAAGUAUCAUACGACCAAUCAUUAAGACUUAUCAAUUGUCCAGGAGUGCCUUGCAACUCCUGUUGUUGCCGUGCUGAUUUAAUAGUGUAUACUUAUAAAUUGUUUGAUAAAAAUAACCAAAAGUCUAACAUUUUUUAAUAAAACCUAUAAUAAAUCUGAGACUAGUUCAGUUGUUUUAUCCCUCUGGAAAAUUCAAUUGUCUUAUGUAGUUCCCAAAAAUAAUAAGCAACAGUUAUCAGUUAUUAAAUUUCAUACAAAAGUUAAAAAUAUAUGUUGUAUUUCUAUGCAAUUAUUUUUUAUUAUAGUUUAAGAUUUGAUGACAAAAAUUUGAUUUUUUUUUUUAUUACAAUGUCUUAAUUUAGUCAGACAUAUUUUUAUUGCUCACUGAGUGUUGUGUUAAUUUAAUUCAUUGACUUCAUGAUUGAUAUUUUGUUUGAUCAACUUUAAUUAACUUUAUUAAAAAUAAGAUUGUUAUCAUAUUAUAAUUAACUAAACAUAUCAUAUUAUUAUUAUUUUUCAUAAAUUGUUUUCAAAACAUAGUACAUAGGGGUAAAAUGUUUUGUAUCCAAAUAGUUAUUUACAGUGUUUAUUAUACAUUUAUUAUUAAAUAAAAAUAUAUUUGUUUAAUAUGUAUUAUGAAAUAUAUAAUUGGUACGAGUUGAAAUUUAGAUAAAAUAAUUUGUACACUGUCAAAAAGUAGUAGUUGUAUUCAUUACUUGUAAAAUUAAGAGUAUAAUUGUUUAAAAUAACUACUUUUACCCAACACAAACUACUUUUUGUACAUAUUAUGAGCAUUUAAAUCUAUUUAUACAUUUUUAGUUUUCGUUAUACUUAUUUUUGUAUACUUAUUUAAUAUUUUAUGAACUUUGUAUUGUACCUUUUAAUAAAGAAGGUUAUUUUAUUAUAUACAUAUAUAUAUAUAUAUAUUCACACAGCAAUCUUAAAAUGUAAGUUUUAUAGCAAUAAAUCUUUAUUGUUAUUAUUAUCAUUAUUUUAUAGCUAAAUAAAUAAUAAAUUAAUUCAUACUAAAUUUUGAUAAAGAAAAAAAAUAACUAAUAAAAAUAAUUAUUUAUUAUGUAGUAAAUAUUUAAAUUUUUUAAAAAAAUACAUAUUUGUACAGUUAUUUGUUGAAAUAUAUUUUUACAACAAUUUUACGAGUUAUUACUUAUUUUAAAUGUUAUGUAAAUUGAAAACUCUUAAUUAUCGCCUAGAGUAGGUUCUUUUUUUUCUAAGUUCAGCUUCUAUUCUGAGUUGAUUCCACUCGGCAACCAAUGAAUGCCUUUGAAGUUCAAGAUGUCUACUAGUAAUUGUUUGAUGUCUGCUACUAAUUGUUUGAUGUCUGCUACUAAUUGUUUGAUGUCUACUAAUAAUUGUUUGUUGCCUACUACUAAUUGUUUGAUGAUAAUUUGCAUGUAAAUGAGCCAUGGCAUUAACCUGUGCGUGCCAACUAUGUAAACCUAAAAAUUAUAUCAAAUUUAUAAGUUUAUUUUUUAAUAAAUUAAAAAAAGAAAAAUUAAAAAUCUUACUUAAAUGUGAUUUAUAUGGACUGAACAUAAAUGGCUUAUCUAAGUCAUAUGUAUGUUUGUAUGCCAUCUGUCUCUCCCUUAGUCUAAUAUUUAGAUCCUUAUA